CGUUUGUCGGCUACGACCGUCACUCGUCCACGAACCCUUCGUAUACGCACACAUGGGAGACUCGUCCGACUCCGAGGGCGAGGACGCCGCGUUGCCCGCCAACGAGUACGCGUCCAACACGACCAAGAGACAGGUGUACUUGGAGUUCUCGGAGUUCAGUCCGGCGCAGAUAAAGAAAAUCGAAGACCUCUUUGACCAGUACGUGAACCGGGGAUUUUAUAUGGUUUAAACGCGGCGUUCAGUGCCCACCCUAUAUAUAUAUAUAUAUAUAGGUACCCACUAUAGUGAUGGGGAAAAUCCGGUUUUGUCUUAGUCCGAAAAUCCGGAUUUCACUCUAAAUCCGGCCUUUGAAACAUUGAAUUAUUAAGUAUUUUUUUAUGCAUUGCUUAUAACAAAAUUGUUGUCAUGAUUACAUUUUGAUUUUACUUUGGGUUUUACAUAAAAAAAAAUUGAUUUUUCAAAUUAAAAAACCCACAGAAAUAUACAAUAUUAAGUAUCCGGAAUUCGGAUUUAUGUCUCAUCACUUCAAUAGUACCCACCUACCCGCCUAUUGCUUCUCGGGAGUUCUGACUUUUAAAAGAUGGCCGACCGACAUACAAUACUAGCACACUUGCAAAUGAUGCUUUUUAAAAGUAUUCUAAAUACACAUACAGAUCAUUUUUUUAAAUUAAAAUUAUAUCCGAACACAAAUAUAGACAUCUAUUUACUUUUGAAAAAUGUUUAUAAAAUAUAUAUUUUUCAAAACACUUACUAUACUAUACAACGAAUGGUGGGAUGUGGCUAUGUCUGUAAUCUAUAUUAGGUAUAGUAUUAUAAUACAAUACCUUGAAUAUUGUUAUAAAAAUUGAAUACCAUGUUAAAAUAAAAAAAUGUAUACUAAUCGGUAAUUAAUUCAAUAAUCAUUUUUUUAAAAUUUGGAAAAAUGUAUAAAUAAGAAUAUUACAUUAUUAUAUUAUUUUUAAAAUUUUAAAUUUUUUUUCCAAUAACGUUAAACUGUAAUCUAUUGCCCACCAUUAAUACACGUGUUACCAUUUGGUUUAAAUAAAUCAACAAAAAAAAUUGGACAUUUGUUUCAAAUAGUUAUAAAUAAUUCUAAAGAUCCAUUGCAUCUAUUAAAUCAAAACAUAUUUUCGUAUUCGGUGAAAAUAACUGGCAUUUGCAAUUAAAAAAUUUACCACCAACCAUCGUUUUUUUCUCGUUUUUCCUGACCGAAAAUGAAAGCUCUUUAAGACGAUUUCAGAAAGUUUCCCGGUUGAUUUCUGCAGGGUUGUCUUUGAAUGAUAGAUUUACUUUAGUCUUCACAGUUACUUUCUUAAACACUGACGUUCAUAUUUCCAGAGGAUUGAUUUAUGUACGUUUUAUACAAGAAUUUUGACCUAUAUAGAAACCUCCUGGGAAAAUCUCGUGUCCAGCUGUGAAAAGGAGACGAAACGUACAGUGAAUGGCCUUGUAUAUUAUAGGCAGUUCUAUAAUAAUAAUAACUUAAUAAUUUAUUAUUAUUAUUUAUUUAUUUCCAUUAAAAAAUAUUUAUGGCAUACAUGCAUGUAUAUUAAUAUCAAAUAUAUACGCAUACAUACUAUAAUUUUAUAAUAUGCUUUUGAUUGUGUCUAUCCAUUUAUUUUCAGGUACGACGCUAACAAAGACGGAUACUUGUGUCGGAAUGAAUUGAAGCGAAUGAUGAUCAAGCGUCGUAUGCCGUGGACUGAAAACUCGUUAAACCAGUUAAUUGAUGACGUCGAUAAAGACAAGGAUGGAAAACUGACUUUUAGAGAAGUAUGUUAAAAAUAUGUACUUAUUUUGAGAAAUUUGAAGUACUUAUUACAAUUUGUUAAAUUUUUAAGUUUCUUAUGACAAACCGCAAGACUUUGGAAUAUUGUCAACGGUCCUUGGCCAAACAAGAAAAAGUAGACUUUAACAAAGUUGGCAUAAAAGGCGUGAGAGAUUUCUUUGAAGCAAAGGUAUGUACAAUAAUAUUUAAUCAAAGUAAUACAAUAAUUGUUUUUUUUAUUUUUUAUAGGCCAAAUAUAUGAAAUAAUUGAAACUCCAGUUUUUGAUAAUUACAUAAAACGUUUAUAUAUUUUACUAACCAGAUGAUUAAACGUUUCAAAAUCAUGGUUAUACAUUAUAAUUUUUGAAUGGGUACCACAACUUUGACAUAUUAUGAUAAUAUCACUUAUAGCAGUUAUUAAAAUUAUAAUAUUAUAUAUAUAUACCUUUGUUUGUUUUGCUUGUUUCUUGUUGGAGAUGAAUUUCUACCUAUCAACUAUACAUUUGUAAACUUAUAUACAUUCUUUAACUAUUUGUGUACAUAAUAUUUUUCUAUUUUUUUUUUUUACACAACUGGUCAUCAUACCACACUCUAUAUUGUAAAAGGAUAGCACCAUUGAAUUUUAAAUAAAUAAUUAAACUUGUAAUUAUGAUCCACAAUUUGCUUAAAUUACUAAAAGUAAUUUGAAAAUAAUAAUUAUGUACUUUCAUUUAACUUUAACUUUUAAGAGUGACGACAAUUUUAAAAUAAAUGUAUAUUUCAUAUAAGUUGUGAUUUCAAUAUUCAAACAAGAUUAUCCUAAACAGAAAUUAUAAUAAAAUAAAAUAUAUUAUUCAUUGAUUUAUUAAUUUAUAGUUAGAUUAAUACAAAGGUGUAAGUAUUGG